CACUAAUUGGAACAUUUGUAAUCAAGUUCAAGCCAACUGGGAUAAAACAGCACAUAAAAAUGUUACCAGAACACGUAUGGGAAACUGAUAGAAGUUUACUUACCUUGUAAGAUACAACAGAUCUGUCUCCAAGUGUAAACCCAUGCUUUGUGUGAAUGCACUAAUAUUAUUUCAUAUCCAUAAAUUGGUUCCAAAUUUGCAUGAACGAUGUCUUUGGUUGCUUAAACAAUUGGAUUCAAGCCAACAUACAAUAAAUUUUGCAUCCAAAAGGAAGUAUUUAGAAUAAUGGCAGGUGUUAAAAGAAGAAUCUCUUGUAAAAAUUAUUUCGGAAUUUUACAAUACUUCCGCUUGCAAGCAAAUAUAUACUCUCCUUACUAUCAUUUGUGGUGGAAAAUAUAGGCGAAAUAAAAGAAAUGCAGAUGUACACAAUUUAAACACAAGAUGUAAAUAAGACCAUAUGCCAAAUCCUAACCUCACUAAAUAUCAAAAGGAGUACUAUACAGGUGUGUCAACAAGGUGGUACAGGACAUGGAACAGCAUGUUGAUACAGUGCAAGUUCUACCUCGUAGUCUUAAAAGUAAAUUGUUACUAGUUGCCAGUAAGAGAGGCAAACUUACUGUUAAAGGUUUGCAUUGCUUGGUCCAUCCAGAUGUGAAGAUACUUAAUUUGAGUGAAUGCAAUGCAUGUGAUGACUUCAUACAUGCAAUACAUAAAUGCACACAUCUGAAGAAACUUUAUCUGAAUCCAGGAAUGAAACAAAGAGACAUCAGUACAGCAGUUCUGUUGGAUCUCUUUCCAAGCAUUCCAUACUUAUCAGGUUUAUAUCUGCGUCAGUGUCCGACUGUGACAGAUGAAGUGAUGGCUUCCAUUGCCAACAGUUGUCCCUUGCUCACUGAGCUUGAUAUUGGUGGUUGCUCAGCAGUCACUGAUACAUCCCUCAAAUUGUUAAAGAAACUUCAGUACCUUACUUCAUUAAACAUAUCACAUUCACAGGUAAGUGAUAUAGGAAUCUCAGCCCUUGUGCAAGGAGAAUGUCGAAAAUCACUCACAGAACUGCAACUUCAAAACAGUCCAAGGAUAACAGAAGUUGCGAUUGAGGCCAUUGUUCUCCACUGUACUAACAUGAAGGUCCUCAUCUUUCAUGGAUGCCCUAUUUCAGGGCAAUCCCAAAUCUGGAUUAUACUGUGCAUCCAAACUUCAUUAACAGCAGACUACAGGAGGAAGGAACCCUACAGCUUUACAUACAGGCUUACCUGAUCAUACAUAGUUACUUUUGUUUAUAACCUCUAAAUUACUUCAGGCAUCCCAGCUACUCUUUAUCAACUCAUGCUAUAGACUAGAGUAACA